GCUGUUUCCGAGUGCACAAAUGCCAAGUAGGAAGGAUAAAUUGCCACUGAUGAUAAUUGUAGUGACACCGUAGUAAACACAUGUCUUACAAAAACACUACUUAUAUUUUCAUAGUAUAAGAAUUUGAGAAGUCAAAAAUGGCUAAGAGGAGAAAGGGUAAGAAGAAGAAGACAUCUAAGAUUGACAUUCAGGAACAGAGUUACCAGGAUGCACCUCAUUCAUUUGUCUUCCAUCGCGGACAUGUUGGGAGAAAUGUUAAACAACUGGUUAUUGACACAAGAAAUGUUAUGGAACCUUUCACAGCUAAGAAUCUUCAGGUCAAAAGAAAGAAUGUACUUAAAGAUUUUGUGAGUGUGGCAGGAUUUUUGCAUGUGUCACAUUUUGUCAUGUUCACAAAAACAGACGUUGGUGUGUACCUUAGAUUAUGUAGGCUUCCUCGUGGGCCGACAUUGACAUUCAAGGUUCAUGACUAUUGCCUCAGUAAAGAUGUGAUAUCAUCACUACGGAAACCAAAUCUUGAACAGAUCCAGUUCCUAAAUCAUCCACUUCUUGUAAUGAAUAACUUCAGUGGUGCUGGAAAUCAUGUCAAAUUAAUGGCAACCAUGUUUCAGAAUAUGUUUCCUUCUAUAAAUGUACAUAAGGUGAAAUUAAAUGAUGUCAGGAGAUGUGUUUUAGUCAGCUUUGAUACAGACACAAACUUGAUAGACUUCAGACAUUAUAACAUCAAAGUAGUUCCUGUUGGAAUGACUCGUGGAGUUAAGAAAAUAAUGCAGGCAAAGAUUCCUAAUCUUGCCAAAUAUGGGGACAUUAGCGAAUAUAUGAACAGAGCUGGAUACUCUUCAGAGAGUGAGGUAGAAUUAGACGGCCCAGUGAACGAAGUGGUUUUACCUCAGCAGAUAAAGAGCAGAGGAAAUAUCAAGUCUGCUAAGAGUGCUGUCAGAUUGACAGAACUGGGGCCACGAUUGAAAUUAGAGUUGAUAAAGAUAGAAGAAGGUAUAUGUGAGGGUCAGGUCAUGUAUCACAGUCUGAUAACAAAGACAGAGGCCGAACUUGCUGCCAUGAAAGCUUUGAGAGAAAAAAAGAAGAAGGCGAAGGAGACAAGACGCCAAAAUCAACAAGCAAAUAUACAGAAAAAACAACUUGAGAAGGAGAAACAUAAAGAGAAGAGUUUAGAGGGUAUCAGGAGAAAAAACAUGGAGGAUGAAGUAGAACAGCCUGAAACAUUAGUACCUGCUGAUGAAGAUGAUGACAUUGAUUAUUACAAACAAGAAGUUGGCCAUUUGCCAGAUGCUGAUUCUUUCGUACCUGGGAAAAACAAACGGAAGAAACUGGUAACAGAAAGAAAUCCAGUUGUAAAGAAGAGGAAAAUUGAUGUGAAAGGCAAAAAAACUGACAAUGUAGCUAAAGGGGACAAAAGCUCAAAAGGCAAACGUGAAUUCACUAAAGGGAAAAAUGAUAGAACUUCAAAUGAUAAAAACCAAAAGAAGUCAAAAACUGAAGGAAAAACACCAUUUGAUAUAAUGAUGGAGAGAAAGAAGAGGAAAAAGAAGAUGGUGGAAAAGAAGAAGAAUAAAUUCAAAGGGAAGAAAAAGAAAGUCUGAUUUUAUGGGGGAUGGGGAAGAAGGCUAAUUUUAUGGGGGAUUUGGGAAGUGUGUGUUGAAUAGUACUGAUUAAGAAUUUCAAUGGGAGAUUAUGUUAUCAUAUUGUGAUGAUAUUUAAGAUGAAAAUUCAGUCCAAUGUGUCCCUUGUUCUGAAAUAAGUGGCACAAGUAGUUGAUUUCCCCAGGUAGUCAUGUAUUUGAAAUUCUAAGUUUAAAAUACAGUACUACUGUUAAAUAAGCGAACAUAUUUUCUAUUAUUUUUCAUCAGUACAGUUAACUUCACAACCAAGUAUUGUUAGUAUUAAAAGCAUGAAUUAUGUUAAGGAAUGCCUCCUAUUAGUUGCAAUAAUUGUAAAAUUGUUAUUGACUUAUUGUUGAUAUGAAAUGAGAAAUUAGCAAUUUAAUUACCACAAGAAGUUUGUAAUUAUAAUUAUAUGGUGCCUUCAGGUAUGUCCAAAAUCUGAAAUAAUAGACAUUGUUAAUAAAGAGUC